GUCGGGCGGCGCGGCGCCUGCGCAGUGCGGGGAGCGGCCAUGGCGGGCUCGGUGCGCGCUGUCGCUCGGCGGUUCCUGUCCGAGUACGGCGGCGGCACCGCCGGGCGCCUCAAGGCGCUGGACGCCUUCCUGCUCUACGUGCUGCUCACCGGCGCGCUGCAGUUCGGGUACUGCCUCGGCGUCGGCACMUUCCCCUUCAACUCCUUCCUCAGCGGCUUCAUCUCGGCCGUCGGCAGCUUCAUCCUGGGCGUUUGCCUCCGGAUCCAGAUCAACCCCCAGAACAAGGGCGAGUUCCAGGGCAUUUCACCGGAGCGGGCGUUUGCUGAUUUCCUCUUUGCCAACACCAUCCUUCAUCUCGUCGUCAUCAAUUUUGUUGGCUGAGCUCUGGAAGAGGCUGCCAGGUCUUGCACUGCUCCUGGACUCUGAUGGCAGAGCCUGGCACAGGGAAGGGCARUUCCCCACCACGCUCUCACCUUCCUUGGUGGAGGAGGGGGAUGCAGGGCUCCAGAAUUUCCUCCUCCAGAGUGUCCUGUGGAGGGUCUACAGCCUCAUUGUGUGACAGUGAUCCUUUCCAUCAAUAAAACCCUUUGUGAUACUGCAGCCUUUUCCAUAUUGGUGACAAAUACAGAGCUUCAGCUGCAUCCAAGUUCCCUCUCAGGCAUGAUUUUACCUCUCUCCCUUCCUUUCUACCCAGCAGGCUUUUUUUCUGUGCCCCAGUUUUGGAGGGAAGAAGGAAAUAAAUGAUCAUGGAAACCCA